AUGUGCAGGUAUGACUACAGGGAAAUGCUCUACAACUCCACAUUCUGUCUGGUACCUCGAGGACGACGGCUGGGCUCCUUUCGCUUCUUAGAGGCUUUGCAGGCGGCUUGUGUGCCAGUGAUGCUGAGUAAUGGCUGGGAGCUUCCCUUCUCAGAGAUUAUGGACUGGAAUACAGCGGCUGUAAUUGGGGAUGAAAGGCUGCUAUUACAGAUUCCUUCAACAGUGCGCUCCAUCCACCAGGAUAAAAUCCUGUCCCUGAGACAGCAGACGCAGUUCCUGUGGGAGGCUUAUUUCAACUCAGUGGAGAAGAUCGUGUUGACCACACUGGAGAUCAUCCAGGACCGGGUGCUGCGGCACACCUCCAGGAGUAACCUGAUGUGGAACAGCUUGCCUGGAGGCCUUUUCACCCUGCCUCAGUACUCCACACACCUGGGGGAAUUUCCCUUCUACUACGCUAAGCUCGGUAAUAAGCCGUACCCCAAGUUUACCGCCAUUAUUCACGUGGUGACCCCGCUGGUGUCCCAGUCACAGCCGGUCAUGAAGCUUCUGGUGGCUGUGGCCAAAUCCCAGUACUGUGCUCAGGUGAUCGUUUUGUGGAACUGUGACAAGCCUCUUCCUGCCAAGCACCGCUGGCCCGCCACCUCUGUCCCCGUCAUCGUUAUAGAGGGAGAAAGCAAGGUUAUAAGCAGUCGUUUUCUUCCCUACGAUACCAUCCCCACUGAUGCUGUACUCAGUCUGGAUGAGGACACAGUGCUGUCCACCACAGAGGUUGACUUCGCCUUCACUGUGUGGCAGAGUUUCCCAGACCGCAUUGUUGGCUACCCAGCCCGCAGUCACUUCUGGGACAGCAACAAGGAGCGUUGGGGUUACACCUCCAAAUGGACCAACGACUACUCCAUGGUCCUAACAGGGGCUGCCAUCUAUCACAAGUACUACCACUACUUGUACACCUCUUACCUUCCAGCCAGUCUGAAAGCCAUGGUUGACCAGAUGUCUAACUGCGAAGACAUUCUGAUGAAUUUUCUGGUGUCGUCUGUCUCCAAACUUCCACCGAUCAAGGUCACUCAGAAAAAACAGUACAAGGAGACAAUGAUGGGACAGAGCUCCCGGGCAUCUCGCUGGGCCGACCCAGACCAUUUCGCCCAGCGUCAGACCUGCAUGAACAAGUUUGCCAGCUGGUUUGGCACCAUGCCGCUGGUCCACUCUCAGAUGAGGCUGGACCCAGUGCUGUUCAAAGACCAGGUGUCUAUUCUGCGGAAGAAGUACAGGGACAUCGAGAGGCUAUAACCCUCCAGAGCCCCCCCCACGCUUGACACAACAAAGUCAGAGUGAGGGAGGGUUGGACAUGUAAAGAAACGUGGAGCCUUUCCGUGAUUGCUUGGGACAGAUCAAUGGAGAAGCAAAUGGGAUUUCAUGCGGGCUGAGAGGAGGAAAAUAAUCUAAACAGAUGUGGAGGACGCAACAUUAACUGCACUCCUCUGCUGUGUCGUCCUUUAUUUCUCCUUUCUACUCUCUCUCUCUUUUGUGUUUUGGGGAACAGAUGAGCACACAGGUCUCACUCUGUACACUAACACUACCACCGACUGAGGACACCUGAUGACUUAAAAUCUACUCCACUUUGAACUGAAUUUGUCAAAGUCAUGGAGUUGGAAAUCCCAGCUUGCUGCUUCAGUGUCCCCAAACUGGUUCAAAAGACUUUUUCCGUUCUGUAAACUCUGCACAGGUUCCACAAACUUUUUGCUGACAGAAUAUUAUUGAUAAUACUGACUAUGAAGAGGAUAACACUAUUUUGGAAUGUGUCUAGCUAUUUUUUCUAUCCAGUGAACAAAUGGCCAGCAUUGCUCUCGGUGUAUUGUCUUAACUAGCAGGGUGGUUGAGGAGAGGAAUGACAUUCCCCUCCACUACAGAACUGAGAUGUUAACGAUGGUUGAUCUGAUAUUCACAGUGCCUCAAGUUUAUCUAACGGCGUUGGGAUCCUGGGACUUGGUGCAGAAUGAGCACCUUGAUCUUGCUGCUUUCUUUUUUUUUUCAUGAUUUGUGAUUUUCUUUAUGAUCGAUGGAAUAACAGGUCUUGUAGUGAAUUCUUCAGGUCAGCAUUCCUCGCUGAAGUGUAAUGAAAAUUCAUUUUCCCUCUCUCAAGUUAAAUUGUCGUUAUGUGCCAUCUCGAGAAAAAAAAUUCCUGAUAAAACCACAACAGUCUUACAAAACUAGCUUGAUAUUUCUUAUUUUACUUUGUGGGAAAAUAUUCACACAAUGACUGUUCAAUACUUAUGACAUUUAAUGGCUUUUAUUUCAGCAAAAAUAUUGUGUUUUUUUUGUUGUCCUUUUCUUUUUUACUCAUAAAAGCUUAUAUAAUGAGCUGGAAUUGGUACUUGAAUACGUGCUGGCCUGAAGAAUAAUAGCUCAUAAGAAUUUCUUGUGUUAGGGAGGCUGAACCUGCCAAUGAAACACACACCACUGUGAAAACUAGGAAAUACGUCUUUUGGGGUUUUGCUAGCAAGAGAUAUUAUAUAUGGUUAUUGCCCCUAUGCCAUAGAUCCAAUUUGACAACAAACUGACAAGUACUUGACAUGAGCUAACAUUUCAAACAGUGCUUAUUGGCGUCAGAGUCGGUAUUGUAGUUAAUUGACUGUUUAACCCAGCUAGACAAGAAUCCUCAUCAAGCAUUUUUAACACUUUUAGAAAGCACUGGGAAGAUAUGUGAUCCUAAUGGGAGACAUGCUUUAAUAUGUACAGGAGUUACAUUUGCGUUCAGUCUUAAACUAAAUGGGUACAAUUAGGAGCCUUUCAAAUGUCAGUAUAUUUGUAGAACACCAGUGUGUGUCGCUCAUAAUCUCAGAUGAAUGGGUUUGGCAGUUUGCUGUUUGUGCUUGCGCCACAUUGAAAAUUAGAAGCGAUGUAUCACCAGGAUUUGAGUAUGUUUCACAAUUCAGUUUGGCGCACACGUUCAGGUUUUACAUGUUUGUCGGCAUCUGAUUAACUACCAGGCUGUGAUUUGAUGCCAAGUGUGAGUGGAACAUGACAUGAGGUUUGUUGCAGAUGGAUGAAAAAGGAUUUUGGUUCCAUCACUUCUAUGACCACUCAUCCUUCACUUUAUUUACACUCGGUUCGUCAUAUCAGGUUAUCUGACACAUCAUUUACAAAUACUGACUAUGUGCACUUGUGUCUUUAAAAUCACUGUGCAUUAUCAGUAUAACGUUUAUUGAUGCAUGAUGAAUCCCUGUAAAGCCUUCGACAUUACUAUAGAACUCUAAGCACACCUUCCCCGACGCCUCCUCUGUUUGUUUCGGUUUCAUUUCAGAAGAUAAAAGACCUUUUUCAUAAACAUAAAUGUUCUGUACCUGUCAGCCCAACUUGUGCCAAUGGAUCAUAUAUGCUUUUAUUUUUAUGUUUUGUAAUCAUAUGAGGAAUGCCAUGCAUUCCCAUAUUGACAUGGUUCAUUAAAAUGAUUUCCUGUCUCUUUAAGAAAGUAAAAUGUGUGAGAAAGAGUCCCAGCAGAGAUGUGUGUUGUGUGGUAUCUGUCGCUUCUGAGGAUGUGCUAUCAGCUCGACAGCAAAUAAACAGCCCUGGUACUACUAAACACAAAGCUAUCAAGACAACUGAAUAUGGUCGUAAACAGAAACGCAUUUCAGAAAGAACCUUGGUGCAAUAUUUAAGAUGACAUUUUCUCUGUCUUUUUUUCUUUUUCCCUUCCUCUUGUUGUUAUUGUUUCAGUGGGCAGGGGGUUAUGUAUUGAUGUGCCUUCAGAAGAAAUACAUUUUUUUCCCCAUCUGCCUUGUGCAAGAAAAAGGUCCCUGUUUUUCAUUUCAAUGUGGAUUGUUUUUUGUUUUCUGUAUCAAUAUUCAGUGAAGCAUACUGGCUCCCUACAUGAUAUGGUUUAACACUGGAAUGAUACUCUGACUUAUCUCCACACAUCUCAUAUUGACAUUCCUGCCUUUUCUGUUGUAGGAUCUAUUGCCUUGUAUUGAUGUACAUGGGAGGUCUUCUAACUGGUUGUCUCAAAUAUAGAAAUACAUGUAACACACACACACACACUUUAAUUCUCCCAUUCAAAUAUUUAUCAGACAGGAUUGUGUCUCAAAUCUAUGCCUGCUCCCUUCACUCUCUUCCGUAAUCGCAGACCUAAUUUUAUAGAGAUUUAAGAUGGAAAGAUAGAGGAAAAAUCACGUUUUCUUUUUUGUAAAGGAUUUUAUAAAAACAAAAAAAGAUCAAUAAAAUGUUUGAUAUAAUUUA